UUUGUUGUUUCUCUUGUCAAAUCAAAAUCCCAUACUUCUAGCAAUGGCGACGGCUCGUUUUCAUCUCAGCCGACGCAGGCCUCUCCACCCAUUCGGCAAUACUGCUACCACUAAUAAAGCUGCUGCCACUGACAGAGUGCUGGUGUCGAAUCCCAAGAUGUUCAAUUCCGACGAGCGGAACCUGAACCAUCAAUAUCCCACCGCCGCUGUGAAUAUGGAGACGGUGUCGUUGGCGGAGGAGCUCAAUGCCUUCAGGGAGAAGAUGGAACGGCUUAGAUUGGACAAGGAGAAGACGGAGAAGUUGUUGGAAGAGAAAGACGCCGUGUUGCUUUUGCAGAUGAAGGAGAUUGAAGAGAGAGGGCAGAUUCAGAGACACCUCGAGAUCCAAGUUGAUAGGCUCUUCAGACUCAAAGAGCUCAAAUCCUAUUGCAUGAGGAUAUCUCACUCAGGGAAAAGCAACGGGGUGGUUGGAACAUUAACCAGCUUCAUUCGCUGGUAAGUGUUGUUAUUAGUGAAACUGCAGAUCCACGUUUCAUUUCUUUCUCUUUAUUUCUUUUUUUUUUUUCAAAUCUUGUUCAGGAAAUUAGAGAUGAUGAAA